CAGGCGACAGUGUAGAGCACUGUUUGUAAUCAGGCAGCGCUUUCCAGCACUAGGCCAGUAAAAUUUGUUAAACAUCACGCUAAAAUCAAAAAUAAAUAAAUACGGACGUCAGAUCGGUCAAUCGUAGCUAUAUCUCUGGCCCUGUUACCCCUCCCUCCUGAGAUCGCGUGCAAAAGAGAGCGCCCAAGUGAGAGAGUGAGAGGGAAAGCCAGCAGAGCGACGAUGAGCAACUAGUGUCCACCAGUGCGUCCUUUGUCCAGCUUGGAGCCGCUCUCUCCGAACAUGAACCUGGAAUCGCUCUUCCGCGACUUCAAUCCAUGCAAAUUCAUUGUCCACUGCAGCCUGUUUACAUUUGUGACGCUCUUUGCACUGCGUCUGGAUAACUUUAUUGACUGGCCCUAUUGGGCUAUUUUUACGCCACUCUGGAUAUGGAAAUGCACCGCCAUACUGGGUGCCAUUGUUGGGGCGAUUGUGUGGUGUCGCUACCCCCACUACCGCCUCGAGGGCGAUGCCUACACUCAGUUCAAGGCCAUGCUCAUCUCGCUGGCCCUGCAUCUCAUACUGCUGAUGUUUGAGCUGCUGGCCUGCGAUAAACUGACCUCGGAUAGGCACCUCUGGGUGCUGGUCUUCAUACCGCUGAUCUUCGGGUCGGUGGUCAGUGUCGGCGCCUGUGUGUGGGCUGUGAAGCAUGAUCGCUCCUUUGAGCUGGAGCUAUUCCUGGCUGUGAAUGCCCUGCAGUUCGUAUCAUUGCCGCUGAAGCUGGACAAGUUUGUGUACUGGAACUGGGACGUGGUGUUUGUGCCCAUGUGGAUUGUGAUUUGCCUGAGUCUGGUCAGUGUUCUCUACAAUAUUAUAUUCUGUGGCAUCAUGAUGCGCACGCCGGAGGUGUCUUUGCAACAGAAGAAGGCGGCCCUCAAUGCGGCCGUUGGAAAUAUAUGCACGGUGCUGCCGCUGCUGUGCUUUCAGGUGGUGAUCUGUGACAAGCUGGAUGGUGAGCUUAAAUUUCCAUAUAUUGUGGUCUUCUCGCCGCUGCUCGUCUCCAUCCUGGCCCUAAUCAUUCUCAGCUUUACGGCCAAGGGCGGAAAUAUGUGGUGGUUUGGCAUUCGGAAGUCAUUUAGCCAGUUCCUGUUGUCGGCCAUGCCCUUCCUGCAGGAGUACGGCAACAUUAGCUAUCACGCCGAGACGCACAGCGGCAAUGCCGGGCAGUCGGUGCCAUUGGACGCCACCUCGUCGUCGACGAGCACGGGCGGCGGCAGUGGCAGCGGCAGCGAGCAGUUGCACGAAUUCGGAAAGCACGACAAGAAGAGCAAGAAGGCUGCCAAGAACGAUAUCCUCAAGCCGGUGGUGCCAUUCGUGAGCAUUGAUUUGCCGGACUAGAUUAAUCUUUAUUGGACUAUGAUUGAUUUUGAGGAGGAUGAACAGGAGGAGGAGGAGGAGCAGCAGCAGCAGCGGCAGCAGCACGUAGACCUAAGGACCGACUCUCACCCACAUACACACACACAAAACGCACCACCGUUCAGGUGUUUAAAUUAAGCAAACAAACACACAUCGGCCGUAGCUUUUAGACUCGUACUGAAUUAUAAUUGUAAGCCAAAACGCUAACACCAUUCCCCCAUCCACAUCCACAUCCACCCAUUACCUCCACGCCAUUCGCCUUCAUAUAAUGGCUGUACAUAUAUAUUCUCAUACUCGUAUACCGAUCCUGAGUUAGCCCUCUUAUCCGCUGGGCUGUUACAUCGUGAAAUUGGUUUCUACCCCGAUGACGAAUCAGAAAAUACCUAGCCUUGACCUUUUGACUAUUUGACCCAACAUAUGACCGUAUAUAUGUACAAGUAUUAUAUGACCUACACUAAUGUUUUGCUAAAAAAUAAGGCAAAUAGAAGACCAUAAACACCAAUCCCCCCACUUAUGUGUAAUGCGCUACAAAAAAAUGUAAAUAAUUUACAAAUUAUAUGAUUAAACAGAAAAUAUCUAAUUAA